AUGGAUCCAUCCUCAUCUAUUUUUAACAAUUGCGACAUAGAGGCUGCAAAAAGAAGGAUAAAAUGUGACUCAAUUUUAUUUUUAGUAUGCUUUUUUAUUCCAUGGACUCUAGUAUGACUAAUUGCAAACGACGAACUUGCCUUGUAUUUCAUUUUCUGGCUAUCCACAAUUUUCUCUCCUUAUGCAUUAACAGCUAUUUUCGGGUUUUGUACUUCCCAAAAUGAAAAUUCCUAUGCAAAUUGUUACUCUUCUAUGCUGAAAUGUACAUUUAUCUAUUCCUUAUUGAGCAUAGGAAUUUCAGGAAUAGCUUCUCUAUGGGUUUUAUACAUAAUUCUGACUUUUCAGUGUGACUCAUCACGAUCUGAAACAUGCGGACUAGAUAAAGCUAUAGCAAUUUUAGUUUUUAUUAUAGCCUUUUUAUAUUUUAUUUUAUCAAUUUCAGCUUUUACUUUAUGGUGAUUUUCAAAUAAGCAUAUAAAUUAUUUGAAAGAUUUGAUAUCGAGAAGAGUCCAGAAUUUUCAAAAUCCAGUUUUUGCAGGAACCUAUACGACUAAUGCUCAAUUUAUGCCUGUUCCUGGAAUACCAAUUGGGAGAAAUCCAGGGUCUUAUUUUCAAUAUAAUCCUGCUAAUUAUUAG